AUCUAAAACUAAAAUACGUCUAGAUACAUUCAUUUCCACGAUAAGUAAUUCCGAACGGAGGGAGUAGAUAAGAGGCAGAGUAGAUCUGCAAGUUGCUUCAAAUCAAAUUAAAUGUUUCUGGAUGCUCCCUUAGCAAAAAAUAUACAUAUUUCUGAAUGCGUCGCCCUGGAAGAAGGAAGCUGUUGGUUAAGCCGGUUCAGAUAGAUCAAAUAGGAGUGGAGUAGUAGCUAUCCGGAAUUAUUGCUCAACGGACAGCAAGUUGAAGAAACAGCAUCGUGCUCGUACGUGCUGCAGCAGUUUAGCUUGAAUUCGUGCCUUGUCGUGGCUGGCUUGCCUGUGAUUGUAGUGGCCAUCUCCAUCAUUGACUGACGUCUUCCAUGUGGAUGCAAGUGGCCAUUGUACUAGUGCUAUAUUUUCAGACGCUGCAAGCUGAAUUCUGAUACUAGUAUACUUGCAAUUUGAAUCUUAAAAAUGGAUGCAAUUUUGUCAUACUUGCUGAGAUAAACAACACCCUGACCCGGCAGCAGAGCAGCCCCGGGAAGCGUAUUGCUGAGAUAAAUUCCACGCACUCCAUCUUUUUUUUAGAGCAUAAGGGGAUUUUCACGCACUCCAUCUCCAUCUCCACUCAUCGGUUGACCAUCACCACGAGCAAGGGAGGGAAGCUCACAACAACAAUGGCGCACGCCAUCGUCGAAAGCUCAUGGGCCAAGCUCACAUCCGCCAUCCAAGACGGGGCCGCGCCGGCGCCGCGGCACCCCGACCUCACCAGCGACCUGCGGAAAAUGCUGGAGGCGCUGGACGUCGUGAGGCCGCUGCUGGAGGAGGCCGAGAGGCGGUCGCUGCUCAAGGAGGCGUUGCGGAUCAGGAACGCCGCCGUCCGCAUCUGCGACCUGGUGGACGAGUUGCACCACGACUCGUGGGCGCCGGCUGAUGGAAAGGUGAGAAGGACGCUCCCCCUCCUUGCAGUUGUACCCAUGAAGAAUAAGAGGGCCAACAAUAUGAAAGCAAUUGUAGAUGAACUGAGAAAGAUACAUCGGGAGUUUGGUAGGUCAGAUUCUGCAAGCCUUGAGCAAGCCGGUGAUCUACCAGAAACAACACCAGAGGUUGACGAAGAGAUGAUACUAGGAAGGGAUAAAGCUAAGCGCAAAAUAAUGAAUGUGCUAUCUGCAAGCAUCAUCAAAGAAGGCCCCGUCAUUCUUCCCAUAUUUGGAUUUGAAGGCAUAGGCAAAACAGCUUUGGCACAAAUUAUUUUCAAGGAUAGCCAAUUCAGAAAAUGCAAUUUCCGUGCAUGGUUCCAUGUCUCACACAAAUUUGACUUGCUUAAAAUAGCCAAGUCAAUGCUCUUUCGGGCAUCAGGAGAAGAGAGCCCUGGUUCAGCGGGGCUGGAGCAUAUAGUGAAUCGUCUUCAUGAGCUAUACCAUGGUAUGGAGGUGAUCAUUGUUUUAGAUGACCUACGAGAGGAGGAUUCCAAUGGGUUAGAGCGCUUGAAAUCUAUGUUAAGCAUAGGUGGAAGCAAGGUGAUUGUGAUUGUAACAACACGCAGCAAAAGCAUCGCGAGUACAAUUUGUACUGUUAAACCACACAUGGUGAAUCCCUUGAGCCAUAGCAAAUGCUGGGCAAUAAUCAAGCAAACAAGUGGUUUUGAAUGUAGACCCAUUCCUGACAAACAACAGCUAAAGAUGAUAGGUCAGAAGAUUGCAAGGAAGUGUGCGGGUUUACCGUCAGCAGCUCAAGUACUUGGGAGAAUAUUAUGCAACAAAGAUAUUAUCAGAUGGUCAACGGCAUUGAAUAGUGAUGUCUGGAAUAAUGAUGUGACGGGGAUGCCCCAUUGUGUGGACAUUCUACCCAAGAAGAAUCUCGUGGCUAACCAGAUAAAGACCAUGAAAACAAAAUUGAGGAUGAUAGAGGAUGAAUUGAAUCAAUCCGUUUCCGACAUCCCCCAGCAGGGAGCCAUCGCACAGCAAGAUAUUGAUCCACCAAAAACAACACCACAGGUCGAAGAGGAAAGAAUAUUAGGAAGGAGUGCAGAUAAGCAGAGAGUAAUGGCCACGCUAUCCUUGAGCAACAACAGAGAAGGCCCCAUCAUUCUCCCCAUCUUUGGACUUGGAGGCGUGGGCAAGACAACCUUGGCACAAGUUGUUUACAAAGAUACCCAAUUCAAACAGUAUGAUUUUCGUGUGUGGAUCCAUGCCUCACUGAAAUUUGACUUGCUUAAGAUAGGUAGGUCUAUGCUUUUUCAUGCAUCAGGAGAAGAGAGACAUGGUUCAAAUGAUGUGGAGUACACCAUGUCACACCUUCAGGAUAUAUACCAGGGUAUGAAGGUGCUUGUUGUAUUAGAUGGCCUUUGGGACUUGGAUUCCAAACAGUUAAAGGAAUUGAAGAGCUUCCUGUUGAGUGUAGGCGAGAAGAGCACUGAAGUAGCUGUGAUAGUAACCACUUGCAGUGAAGGCGUCGCUAGGGGAAUUUGUACCGUCGAACCACACAAGCUAAAUCCUUUGAGUGAUGACAUGUGCUGUGCAAUAAUCAAGCAAAGAAAUGCCAUCAAAGAUGGAUCUGACAAAGAAGAGAGAGGACAGAAGAUUGCGAGCAUGUGCGGGGGUCUACCAUCAGCAGCAAUAGUACUUGGGAGCCUACUAGGCAGCAAAGAUCCUGUAGGAUGGUCAGACAUGAUGAAGAGUGACAUAUGGUCUAGUAUAUCAAGUUCUUCCAGUGGUACUAGAUUCUUUGUGUCAAGCUACAAAAGUAUGCCACCAUAUUUGAAGUUAUGCUUUGCUUAUUGUGCCAUCUUCCCAAAGGGUCACAUUAUAGCCAAACAUGACCUCAUUCAUCAAUGGAUUGUGCUCCAUCUUAUUGAGCCAUCGGAAAAUGUAUCGACCACACAGCAGCAUGCUGAGGAGUACAUUAAGAGGCUUUUGGACAUAUCAUUCCUUCAGUCUGCAAAGUCUGCUUUGACUAGUGGAAAGGAUGGUCAGGGCACAAUUAUGUUCACUAUGCACGAUAUUGUGCAUUCCUUCGCGGUCGCUAUGUGCGAGGUGAUUGUUCCGGAUGCUGGAAUGGGGAUUUCUGAUUGGAAUCAACACUGCCCCUAUGCGUUGCUCACCAACUCAGGCGUCGGGCAAUUGAAGUUAUCCAACAUAUUGCAUGCCCAGCUAAGGGCGAUACGUUGUAAUAAAAUGGAUAUCGGUGAUGACCUGUUUUCGUUCCUCGGGUCCUUGCGAGUCUUGGAAUUAAAGGAGAGCCCCAUGCACAAGCUUCCACAUUCUAUCUGUCGACUGCAGCACUUGGGGUAUCUUAACUUAUCAGGCUGCUCUCAACUUGUUGCUUUGCCACUGUCACUUGGGGAUCUAAUAAAUUUGGUGCAUAUUGACUUAUCGGAUUGUUUUGGACUAUCACAACUGCCUGAGACAUUGGGGAAUCUAUUAAAUCUUUCGCAUAUUGGUUUAUCACGUUGCCAUGGACUAGUUGGCCUACCGGGAUCACUUGAAAAGCUUAAAAAACUAGUGCAUCUAGAUAUGUCAUUUUGGUCUUGUUUUGAAGGGAUCCCGGUCCUUGGCGGCCUAACCAGUCUCCAGCAUUUGAACCUGUCACACCCUUGCUGUUAUCUUCCUGAACACCGUUCCCAUCUCAAAUUGUUGAAAGAUGUUUUGUUCAAGCUCACCAACCUCCAGUAUUUAAACUUAUCAAUGUGCCUGAAUCCUAUUUUCUACUGCCUGUCAGAAGAGGGAAGUCUCAAGUACAUUCAGUCUUGUAUCAACCGCCUCUCAAGCCUGGAGCAUCUGGACUUAUCUCAUAACACAUUUCUUUUUGAUUUACCUGAAAGUCAAGAUGGUCUCAAUAAGCUGUAUACACUGGAUCUCUCUAGCUGUAUUAGACUGAAGAGAGUACACGAAUGGAUGGGUAAAAUGGACUUCCUAAACAUAAAGAACUGCAAAGGUCUGGAAAGUUGCCACUUUACUGUCCAAAAUGAUGGUAGCAGUAGCAGCCUUGUGCAGCUAGAGGAUGUAAAUUGCAAGAAGCUUGACAUAAUCUGUCUUGAAAGGGUGAAGUCUAUGCAGGAAGUGCAGACAAUAGGAUUGUCAAAGAAACAAAAUCUCCGACAGUUAAAACUUGACUGGACUGUUGGCUCGCAAGGAUCUGUGGAGCAAAAUGCUUUGUUAGGACAACUAGUGCCACCACAUACUGUGGAGCGCCUUGUGCUACAUGGAUAUAACAGAGAAACCUGCCUUCCUGCCUGGUGGACAUCGAGCAUUCUCUCCAAUCUUGUAGAGGUUACCAUGGAGGACUUCCCGAGUUGCAGGAGACUACCACCAUUCAGUCUAUUACCAAAGCUGAAAUGUGUGGUUCUUAAAAGGAUGGUCAACAUCACAAGAAUUGACACAGGCGGCCUGAGCAGCGGCAGCAAGGCUUCAUUCCAUCAGCUCGACAAGUUUACAUUAGAGGACAUGCAAUGCUUGGAACAGUUCAACACCACAUACCAUAGUGGUGGUGAGGUGUUUAUGUUCCCACCCAUGAAUGAGUUAUUCAUCCAGACAUGCCCCCAGUUGUGCUUUGGACCUUGCAUCCCUAGAGCUCAGAAGUUGCUCAUAUCAGAUUGCCAACAAUUGUUGUGGCGGGAUAGACAAGGGGUACAUGGUGUCGAGGUCCCUUCUACCUCUGCUCCAGUAACUCAGCUGGUGGUCGAAAACUGCAAUGUGCCUCAACCUAAUUGGAGUUUACUUCAGCACCUUCCUGGUCUCCAAAGUCUAACUAUCAAGAACUGUGACAUAAUUGAAAUACCACCAGAAUACUUGAGUGGCCUCACCUCUCUGAGGGAACUCGCCAUCGAUGGUUGCAAAAGCAUUAAAUCUUUGCCAGAGAGCAUACACCAACUCACCAACCUUAAAGUUCUGUGUAUUUGGGAAUGUCCAGAUUUGAAGACCUGGUGCGAAUUGGUGGCAAACAAGGAGAAACUUGCUUGCAUCGGACCAAAAUAUGAAAAAUUUGCUCCUUUCAUGCCAGCAGAACAACCUCCACAAGGCCGAAUGAAUGUCUCGGUUCAGUUAGAGCCAACUCACUGACUUUUGUUCCAAGAAACUGCACAGUCCGAGAUAAAUUCAUUGUAUGAUGAUUACAGGAGAAGUGUUCUCAGUUGAUUAGCUUCCAUAACGUUAAUCCAUCAGACUGAUCUCUAGUUCUUGUGAAGGCAGUUUUUAUUUUCAUCACAAAGCCCUACAACAAAUGUUCAUCUGGCCAGCAAACGUGAUUUCCGACACCCUUCAAGUAGAAUUUCAGAUUGAUCUCUUGUACUUGUACGGUUUAUAAUGAUCAGAAAAAUCAUAGAUAUUGCCACAUGUUUGACACUGCAUGAAAGUUUGUGUAAUCCCGACGCGGAUUUUCGGGACAUGGUGCCACGCGAGGAUGAAAUCUGGGCAGUCCAUGCAUGCUACGAGAUUAGCACUUAAUAUAGCUAGUCGAUAAAUACCGAAAUGACACGGUGAGUUAAUUUGAUGAAUACGCGUAUGUGAUAGGCAUCUUAAAUGGGAUUGUGGUAUGGGCACUGGUCGGCUUUAAACGUUUCUGCCUCACCUGUACGCCUUGAAUGACACUUAACAAGUGUGGGCCUGCUUUUUUGCUACGGUUUGUUUUGCCUAAGCUCAUUUUGUGUCCGUAUAAUUGUGGAGUACUGGUGUGUCAAUUCAUCAGAGCUAUGCGUUCAUAUUAAUGCUACUAUGCGUUGACAAUUUUGAUUCAUAUGUACGCUAUUAUUUGUUAUCCAUAUAGCAUGCACUCAUUCGACUGUUUCUUGUUGUCUGAGAAUUUUGAUUCAUCCUCUAGUUCAUGCACUCUGUUCAUGUGCAUGACUGGUCUAAAAUGCCGGUGAGGUCAAGCAUAAUUGAAAAUUGACUUUUGUAAUCUUAGAGUGUUUUUAUUUUAUGCAUGUUUUUUCUAUGGCACACGUUGUUGGUGCUCAUCUAAUCACUUGC